GGUUCCUCCAGCACAGGCAUUGACCCCAAGCUUAGGCUGUAAGUAGGAAAAUAAUUGGUCCCCAAGGUCACUCCGUACCCCUGAAAGGGGGUUACGGGGGAUCUUAGAGCAGAGCAACCCUUUUGCCCCAGAGGUCUUGAAGAUGACUGGGCAUCCUUCAGAGCCCCUGCCUGGCUGAGUCCUGAGGAAACCAUUCAGGCUUGCUGCUGCGUGUUCCUCCAGGGCUUCCUAAAUCUGUUAAAGGAAAAUCUAGGAGGAGACCCCUGGAAGCAGAGAGGGUGGGGGGGAGGCUAUCCAGGAGGUCUAAGUUCAUGUGACCUAUCACUGUGGUUUAAGCCCAAGUGGGCUUAAAGUAUCUUUAAAAAAAAAAAAAUAAUUUAAACUGUGUUCUGUUUUCCCUCUUUUGUCUCCUUUUGAGGUCUCUGUUCCUCUUUGUCUCUGGGUGUAUCUUUCCAUUUCUGUGUGGAAAGCCCUCUUUCUGAAGCCAUCUUCAGUCUCUCGCUCUCUUCCCUCCUCCUCCACGGUGCCUGUCCAUCCCUUUCCCUCACUAACUUGCUGAGCACCAGCUGAGCCCCGGCCUUUUCCCAAACCUGCUUUGCUUGUGAGGGGCCCUAUUUUUUCUCCUAUACCUGAGCCCAUGUUCUGGGGCCCGCUUGGAAGUCAGGACCAGCCUCUUGAGGCAGGAGCUGGUGCACGGCAGCAUCUUUGAGGAUGAGCCCAGCCAGCUGCAUCCCUGGGGCUCUGCAGGAUGGCAUAGAGGACGCGUGUUAAGCAGGAGAGCUGGGCUGGCUGCAGGACCCUGGCUACAGGCAAGGUGGCAGCAAGUGAGGGAUCAUGGCUUUCCUGUUGCUCCCCCGGCGACUGGCCUGCUCCUCCUGGCACCCCCACCUCCUGCUUGUGUCUGGCUCCAGACACAUCAGUCAAGCUGCUGCCAAAGUCGAUGUAGACUUUGACUAUGACGGGCCUCUGAUGAAGACAGAAGUCCCAGGUCCUAGGUCUCGGGAAUUAAUGAAACAGCUGAAUGUGAUUCAGAAUGCAGAAGCGGUACAUUUUUUCUGCAACUAUGAAGAGAGCCGAGGCAACUACCUAGUCGAUGUGGACGGUAACCGAAUGCUGGAUCUUUACUCCCAGAUCUCCUCUGUCCCCAUAGGUUAUAGCCAUCCUGCCCUGGCAAAACUGGUCCAGCAGCCUCAGAAUGUGAGCACCUUCAUCAACAGACCGGCCCUGGGGAUCCUGCCUCCAGAGAACUUCGUGGACAAGCUCCGGGAGUCCUUGCUGUCGGUGGCCCCCAAAGGGAUGUCCCAGCUUGUCACUAUGGCCUGUGGCUCCUGCUCCAAUGAAAAUGCCUUCAAGACCAUCUUCAUGUGGUACCGGAGCAAAGAAAGAGGGCAAAGAGGGUUCUCAAAAGAAGAGCUGGAGACCUGCAUGGUUAACCAGGCCCCUGGAUGCCCUGACUACAGCAUCCUCUCCUUUAUGGGUGCUUUCCAUGGAAGGACCAUGGGUUGCUUAGCGACCACGCACUCCAAAGCAAUUCACAAGAUCGACAUCCCUUCCUUCGACUGGCCUAUUGCACCAUUUCCACGGCUGAAGUACCCGCUGGAGGAGUUUGAGAAAGACAACCAGCAGGAGGAGGCCCGCUGCCUGGAGGAGGUGGAGGAUCUGAUUGUAAAAUACCGGAAAAAGAAGAAGACUGUGGCUGGGAUCGUCGUGGAGCCCAUCCAGUCUGAGGGCGGAGACAACCAUGCAUCAGACGACUUCUUCCGGAAGCUAAGAGACAUUGCCCGGAAGCAUGGCUGCGCCUUCCUGGUGGAUGAGGUCCAGACAGGCGGGGGGUGCACAGGCAAGUUCUGGGCUCACGAGCACUGGGGCUUGGACGACCCAGCUGACGUGAUGAGCUUCAGCAAGAAGAUGAUGACAGGGGGCUUCUUCCACAAGGAGGAGUUCCGGCCCAACGCUCCUUAUCGAAUCUUCAACACCUGGCUGGGGGACCCAUCAAAGAACUUGCUGCUGGCUGAGGUCAUCAAUGUCAUCAAACGUGAGGACCUGCUGAACAACGCAGCCCAUGCAGGGAAGGUCCUGCUCACAGGAUUGCUGGACCUCCAGGCCCGGUACCCUCAGUUCAUCAGCAGGGUAAGAGGACGAGGCACCUUUUGUUCCUUCGAUACUCCAGAUGAUUCCAUACGGAAUAAACUCAUCUUAAUCGCCAGAAACAAAGGUGUGGUAUUGGGAGGCUGUGGCGACAAAUCCAUCCGUUUCCGUCCCACAUUGGUCUUCAGGGAUCACCAUGCUCACCUGUUUCUCAAUAUCUUCAAUGACAUCUUAGCAGACUUCAAGUAAAGAAACCAUUUCCACUGUACUUUGAGAAUCUCAACAGUUGUCAAAUUGAUUAGUUUGCCUAAUUCAUGUUUUCACUUAAAAGUAUCAGAGGUGAAUGCACAAACGGAAAGGUUAUUUGUGGGGAGGGGAUUUUUUGGUGGCUAUGGGGGAGGGAAAAGGAAGGGCUGGUUUUGAAUUUUCUGCCUGUAGAGCCAGUGGUAUACAUUGGGUGAAGCUCAGAAAGUCUGCUUGAGCCCUGGACAUAGUCUUGGGAAGGGCCCUAGGGGUCCUGGACACAUUUCUGCCCACCCAUGACCAACUCCAACAAUUCUCUUUGGGAGCCAGUCAAAGGAGUUUCACCCACUCCUAGGACUGGUGGCCAUUACUCUUGGGUUCCAGUUUAUCCCAGAUUCCCUGUUUGGUGAUCAGAGAUGCUGGCUUCCCCUCACCCUAUAGAAGCAACUUCACACCCACCUUGUCACCCAGUCCCCAAGCUUCGAGUCCCCUAUCUAGGGUUCAGUGAGAGAUUGAAUGGCUCAUAGGAAGACAGCGAUGUGGGGACAUGAAGAGGUUGGGGCAAUGGAGGGGGCAUCUGGCCUCCUGAUGAGGAAGACCACCCCUCAGACCAACUGGAGGUCUCUCUAAGCUGUGAAUUCUGUCCUGGAGGGCCUCUGCCCUGGGAGGAGCUCUGGGUGGCAUCAUGUAUGGCUCCUAUUCAGCAUCCUCCACUCCUCCAACACAUGUCAGCCUACAUCAGUGUGGGAGGAACCUGCAGGCUGAGUGCCCAGGGGACACACUUGAGCCAAAGGGUCAGUAGCACAAGCCUGUCACCCCAGAAGCAUAGGCCCAAGGUCACAGGCAGCAGAGCCACUAUAUCCUGUCCCCCAGAUCCUCUCAGGGUCUGACUUUGGUCCCCCACCCUAGGAGGCUCACUUCAGCUUUUGCUCAUCAUCUUGGUUCUGCUUCUCAAAAGAACCGUUCCAUUAAAGGGGCCACUGCUGGACUCAGUUUCUCUUGAGGGAAGUGCCAUGAAUUAAAGGCACCAAAGCUCCGCACAUGGAAAGGUAGCUUGUCAGUUUAAAGUGGUUUCCUUGUCUUUGCCCCUGAAAUCUGAAUUUUUCUUAAGAUGCCUGAGCCUGGGAAUUAGCAGGAUGACAAUAAAAUGCUUAAAGAUGCUGUGAUGGAGGGUCCAGUGUCUCUGCUGGAGGUGAGAUGUUCUUGGAACUGACCUGACCUCAAAUGUUCCCACACAGAGCAGUUGACAGCCCUACAGCUGUAAGAUAUUAUUUAGUAGGCAGACUUGGCUCUCUGUCCAGAAGGAAGCCACUUUGCCUCCUGGUACCUUGACUGAAUGUUGUGGAAAAUGGGCAUGUCAAGAUUCCUGAUUCAGCACUUCGCUCUUUUAAUAACUAAUCAUUCAAGGACUUAGAUUCCACUGUUACUCAGACUCAGUCACCAACCUCUUUUGGUUGAGAAAUGGAAGACAUUGACAUGUUUAACAGACACGACAGAUACAGGCAUUCUGGUUCGAUUUGCAUUCCUGUGGUCAGCAGCUCAUCUGCCACUUUUCCUAAGGAUUUCUACCAUGUUCGAGGUCAUCUGCACUGCCGACUAAGUGAGGAUCCACACCUCCUUCUCUGCAAGGUUUCACUCAUCUCUAUUUAUAUUCUGUCUUCCCUCACUCAUCAAACUUUCAUGAAAUACCUGCCCCAUUAUGAAAUAAGAGGGACUCAUAUUCCUUUGGGAACAACAGACUCUCAAACCAAUAAUUAAAUCAGAGUGCCAAGUACAGUAACAGUUAGAGUAGGUAAGUGAGAGAGAACCCCAAUCCACUUAAGGGUCAGAGGAGCUUUCAAGGAGGAGAUGAUGUUUGAGCAGGGUUUGCAGAACAAAUAAGAGUUCACCAAGCAGCCAAGACAAGGAAGAAUACUACAGAAAGGGAACAGUACAGCAAAGACAUGUACCUCACACUGGGGGGCCAGAUUCCACAGGCAAUAUCCCAAGGUUCAACACCUUAUUUAACAAACACGAAAAAUGCAGAUCAUCAUAAAGGGUUUUAAACUAGGGCACAGCUGGAAACGGUAGAGGGAGUGGCUCCAAUAUUUUGUUCUUUCCUCUUGGGUCAAUGACAGAGGAAUGAAAUAAUUUUAUCUGGAAAAUCAUUUCUAGAUUAUUCACUCCUUAAGAAGGGAAGUUAUUUCUUGUAAAAGAAACAUAAUUUUUUAAGCCAUUUGACAACACGCUCUUGUGUACUUAAGGCAUGGUGAGUCCCUGAGCCAUCUUCUUUAGGGGGCUAGAGGUUUAGCUAGAAGAAUUUCAAGGUAAGGACUUUGGCAGAGCUCAAGACUGUAGCAACUUAGAAGACACUGGAAGAAGCCCAGUGGACAGGUUGCUGUCUAGGGCAGAGCCCAUGAGGAAGGGCUUCUGUGGCCAACAACUUCUGCGGGACGUAAACCCAUCAUCCAUUAGUACCAUAGAGGUUAGUAACUGUCUCUAGCAAGUCGUCACUUUUAUAGAAAACAAGGUCCAACACUAGCAAGUCUUAGCACAUCCUCCCUUUUAUUAUAAAUGGGUGUUUUUUUAUAAUUUUUACUGGCACUCAGUAAUCAUGCAAAAUUGUGCACAUUAGUAUGUCUAUAUACCUAUACCUACCUAUAUCUGUAUCUAUAUCUGUAAGCUCAUGGUAGAAAACCGUAGCUAGGGAGCAUUGCAGACUUAAUGCACACAAAGUGAUCUUGUUUACAGUAUUCUGUUGACAGUGCCAAUAAACAAUAAGGAAAUUAACAUGUCACAAUGUAACUGAUGACCAUAUGCACAAUUCCAUGAAUUAAAUGUUUCCUGUGUUAAUCAGUAUUCUUAAAUUAAAAAAUUAUUUAUAAUGGAAA